AUGAACUUCCUGUCCAUCCGACGGAGCACAAACAAGUCGGGUGCAGCGGGCGCAGGGACUUCGGACUCGGAGGACGACCGCGGCAGGGGUCGGGGCAGGUCGCUGUCUCCUUGGCGCAGGUCGAGCAAGUCGCGCAGCCGCUCGCGCGCGGGGACGAGGAGUCGCGAUGCAUCUGCGGAGGGUAUCCGUGGAGACGACAUGGACGGCGAGAGCGAGGGCGAGGGUGCACGACCGAUGCCGGUCGUUUCGCCGAGCAAUGCGUUUGUCGACGACGACACGAGCGACGAGGAGGGCAGCGAGAACGGCAGCGUCGGUUACGACGACGAGUUCAGCGAGGACGACGAGGAGAUCGAGUUCGACGAAGAGGUCGAGAAGAACACGGAGGCUAACGCAUCGGCCGACACGCCCUUCGAUUUCCUGACCCGCGAAGGAAACACGAUCUACUACCCCGGCGAAGGUCCCAACCUAAUCCCUCCAACCGACCCGAUGUCCUCCUCCCUGAUCUCCAACUCCCCUUCACUCUCCUCCUCAACCGCAACAAUCGGCGGCCUGCCCCGGGCUAACCCUCGAACCGGCCUCCUCCCACGCCGGAAAUCAACCAAGUCCGGCGCGCCGCAAAAGCUCGAACUCAAGACUGGCCGACCGACGUUCGAGAAGAACCGGUGUACGGUUACGCUUACGCAUGGAGAUCCGGAUAGGGCGCUUGUGGAGGCAGGGAGGAAGAGGAGGAGGUACCUUGUUGCGAGCGACUUGAGCGAGGAGAGUCUGUAUGCGAUCCAGUGGGCUAUCGGGACGGUCUUGCGUGAGGGUGACGAGUGCAUCCUCGUCUCGGUCAUGGAGACGGACUCGAAGCUCGACUCGGACGACACCUCUCGCCAAGCCAAGAUCGCCAACCAACGCGAACGACAAGCACCAGCCCUGCAACUCGCGCGCCAAGCAACCACUCUUCUCGAGCGGACGCGCCUCAACGUCCGCGUCAUCUGCCAGGCCAUCCAUGCCAAGGUCCCGCGACACAUGCUUGUCGAUAUGAUUGAUUACCUCGAGCCAACGCUGGUGCUGGUGGGAAGUCGGGGGUUGACGAAGCUGAAGGGCAUGCUUCUCGGAUCGACUUCGAACUACUUGGUGCAGAAGUCAAGUGCUCCCGUCAUGGUCGUCCGUCGCCCUCUCCGCGUCUCCCGCACCGUCCACCGCAAGAUCUCCUCCCUCGACCGCACCGCCCGCGUCGCGCUUGCCGACGCCGCUAUCGAAAAAGAGUCGCAUGCGCAGGCUGUCGACCAGCCCGAGAACGAGAAGGUCGAGGGGGAGGAUGUCAAGGAGAGGGUUGGGGAGAUGGAGGUGCAUGAGGCGGAGGGAGGGGGGUUGUCGAGGACUACGACGAGGGAGAGUGCGGUCUAG